AUGGCGAGCGUGAGCCCGAACCUCCCGUGGGUGGAAAAGUACCGACCCAACUCGCUGGAUGAACUUAUCUCGCACAAGGAGAUCAUCUCGACUAUCGAGACCCUCAUCGAUCGCCAGCAGAUGCCGCACCUGCUGCUCUACGGCCCGCCGGGGACGGGCAAGACUUCGACCAUUCUUGCCUGUGCCAAGCAGCUGUUUGGCCCCUCGUACAAGUCCAUGAUCCUAGAGCUUAAUGCGUCUGAUGAUCGAGGCAUUGCAGUGGUUCGCGAUCAGGUCAAGUCGUUUGCGUCGACACGGAAAAUGUUUGCUACCGGGUUCAAGCUCAUCAUUCUUGACGAGUGCGAUGCCAUGACCAAGACGGCGCAGAACGCGCUGCGGUGCAUCAUCGAAAAGUACUCGCGGACAACCCGAUUCUGCCUCAUCUGCAACUACGUCUCCAACAUCAUUCCCGCGCUCCAGUCGCGGUGCAUGCGGUUCCGGUUUGCGCCGCUGAGCCAGGACCAGAUCGAGCACCGGCUCAACCACGUACUCGAGGCCGAGGGCCUCACCCUCACGCCUGACGGCAAGUCGGCGCUUCUGCGGCUCUCGCAGGGCGACAUGCGCAAGUGCCUCAACAUCCUGCAGUCGGCGUCGCUGGCGUCGACCGUCCUGGACGAGGAGCUUAUCUAUUCGACGACCGGCGCCCCGAUGCCGUCGGACAUCAAGCUCAUUCUCCGCUGGAUGCUCAACGACCCGUACUCGACUGCGUACGCCGCCGUCACCAAGCUCUGCACCGACAAGGGGCUUGCCCUCAUCGACAUCGUGCGCGAGAUCCACGUCGUCGUCGCCACCAUGCAGUUCUCGUCUAACGUCCUCGGCGUCCUGCUCAAGGAGCUCGCCGAUCUCGAGUACCGCCUCACCUUUGCCACCACCGAGCGGGUCCAGCUCGGCGCCCUCGUUGGUCUCUUUGCCGUCGUGCGCGAUCUAGUCGGCACCGAGCAGGCACAGGCCCGCGCCCAGCAGCAGCAGCAGCAGCAGCAGCAGCAGCAGCCGACCGCCAUGGAUGUCGCCGCGCCAUCGUCGUGA